AUGGGUAUCCCUUAUUUCAUCAUCAAGACGGUCCUGCGUGCAUCACUCCAGCGCGAAAGCCCCGAGCAGCAGCCGCCCCCCGCAGAGCCGGCAGCUCCCCGCAGCCCGGCAGCUCCCGCGCUUGCGGCGCAGGGGUCGGCGUUUGCCGGCUGCGGGCUUGCAGGCGCCGGGGACCCGGGAACCGGCCGCGCCCGCUCCGCCUCCCGCUGCCGCGGCACCCCCCAAGAACUCACGCAGCCGCGGAGGAAUGAAAAGGUGCAAUGUUCAAACCAUGAUGCAACACAUACGCUCGUUCUCUCCCCCGAUGGGAACCUUUCUGAAGAGUGGGCUACAGCUUCAGCUGACUGCUCUAAGACAAGGCUGGUGAAAGAACUAGGAAACCAAGAUAUUGUUCAAAUAGCAUGUGGGGACCAGCACGCCAUGGCACUGUCCAGAGGAGGUGGGCUCUUCACCUGGGGCCAGAACGCCCACGGACAGCUUGGAGUGGGGAGCCAAACCACGCUCGUCCCCCAGCCACAGCUGGUGGAAAGACUAAAGGGCAUUCCACUCGCUCAGAUUGCUGCUGGAGGAGCUCACAGCGCCGCCGUGUCACUCUCUGGAGCUGUGUACUCCUGGGGAAAGAACAAUUUUGGUCAGCUGGGACUCGGAGACACAGAAGACAGGGACCGCCCAUCGUACAUUGGAGCGUUAGAGCACUGGAAGACUGUAUUUAUCUCAUGCGGGGCAGAUCAUACUGCAGUUCUCUCCAAGGAUGGGCUGGUGUGCACCUUUGGAGCAGGAGGGGCUGGCCAGCUUGGUCACAACUCCACCCGGAAUGAACUCAUGCCUCGCGUGGUGGCUGAGCUGUGGGGAGCAAGAGUUUCGCAGGUUGCCUGUGGCAGACAGCACACCCUGGUCUAUGUCCCCUCCUUGGACAAAGUCUAUUCGUUUGGUUCUGGUGAAGAAGGACAGCUGGGAGACGAGAGGAAGCCUAAUCAGUUGAUACCACUUCCCAUCAAUUUACCAGUGAACACUGGAAAAUCCUGUUGGGAAAAAAACAGGUCACAAAAGGUGAUUGAAAUUAUUGCAAGAGGAAACCAAAGCAUUGUCCUUUGCAAGAAGAACAAGAAUUCCUAUUCAAAUGGAAUUGCCACUCUGCAGGAUAAAGAAGUGGAUGCGUGGUUUUCUAAUUCCAGUUCACAACAUUGGGAGAGUAUAAAAAAGAAUAUCAGACUGAUCUUUUCAUCUGAGGCUUGCAUCAGCGGAAGCUUCCUGGAGAAAAGAGACAAACAUUUCAAAACUUCCAAAGAAGUCUCGGGUGUAGACAUAUCGGCAGUGCAACAUUUUUAUAAGAAGAUGAGCAAGAAGCCAAAAGUCUUCCAGGAGGUGCAAAAGGAGAUUGAGAAGUUACUGCCAUCAUUGUCUUCCUCUCCCAACUCACCUGAAAACUUCAGAGUCUACUUGAUCUUGCCUUUCCUUCUGCAGGGAGAAGAUGACGGCUCUUUCCGUUCUUUCAGGCUGCUAGCACAAGCCAUCAUGAAGCUCCAGCCAGAGUACCUGCAAACUCUUGAAUGCCUGUGGUCAAAUCUAGAAACAUCCUUUUUCAAGGAGCUGGUCAUUCUAUAUCAGAGGGUUUCCCAGAAAAACCUGUCUCAAUUUGUCAUGGAAGUCAGAAGGGGGCUAAGAAACACCUACAGCCUGCACCCACAUGAAACAGAGACUCUGCAGAUACUGCAGAUUCUUUACCAGGUGAACUCCAGAACUGGUUUCAGAGUACAAGAGAACAACUUCUAUGUGCCCCAAGUGAAAGAGAUAAUCCAAUCAUGUGGGACCUUUAAUAUGGCCCUAUGGAAGCUGACCAAAUAUCCAUGCAUCUUUGACAUGCAAAACAAGAUCUUAGUUCACAAUAUGGAAUGCAACACCCUGUCCAGCCCCUUUUGUGAUGCAGGAGUGGACGAAGGCGGGCUGUCCCAGGAGCUCUUCAGCGUCGCCGCCAGGACCCUCUGCCAGCCCAGCAGCGGGGUCUUCCGCCGCCUCGCCUCCGGCCUGGCGUGGUUCCCCAGCGAGGCCUCGAGCUGCGAGGGCACCUUCCUCCGGAUCGGGACGCUGUGCGGGAUGGCGCUGUACAACAGGUGCACGGCGCCCUUCCCCUUCCCCCGGGCGCUCUACAAGAAGCUGCUGGGCGUCGCGCCUGCCCUGGAGGACCUGGAGGAGCUGUGGCCAGCCGCCGGAAGGAGCCUUCAGGGAAUUUUGGAUGAAGAACAUGAUCAUAUCCUUGAGAGCCUGGACAUGGACUUCACGAUAAUGGAAGAAGGAGGCUCCAUGGCUGCUGUUGAACUUAAAAAAAAUGGCGCCAACAUUCCUGUCACUAAGGAUAACAGGAAGGAAUUUGUUGACUUGUACAUGAAUUACGUGUUCAAUGAGUCGAUACGGAAGCCAUUUGAGGACUUUAUGCAAGGGUUUUUAAGAGGCUGCCCAGCUAUAAAGUGGAAGAUGUUUCUCCCUGUAGAGCUCCAGAUUGUUCUCCAGGGACACACAAAAUUUGACUGGCAUCUGCUGGAAGAGAAUGUGACGUACGAACGGUAUAAAAGGGUAGAUCGAACCAUCAGGAAUUUUUGGACUGUGUUUCACAAACUCCCAGAAGAAAAAAAGAAAAUGUUUCUUGCUUUUGUGUCAGGAUCUGAUCGAAUCCCUGGCUAUGGACUGGAACAUUUUAAAUUUUCUAUUGUAGAUCCUGGAGCACCCAAUCCAGAUGAGCAUUAUCCCUUUGCCAAUACCUGCAGCCACAUUUUGUUCCUCCCCAGAUACAGCAGGAAAAGAAUACUCAAGAAAAUGUUGCUCUGUGCCACAGAGCAUAAUGAAAAUUUUGGCUUGGCUUAA